GCGCCUGCCGAGCGUCGAGCAACCGAUGGAGAUGGCGGCCGCGGCUGGGUGAGGGACCGCAGAGGCCCAGAACCCCGGCGGGAGGAGCCGACGGGCCUGCGUGCCAGGGGGAGCGCGGCCGGGUACAGAGGGCCGGGAAGGGUCUGAGUGGCGGAAGCUCGGCUCACCUCAGGAACAGAGACGGGCGGGCCGUGCGGGUGUGGGAUAGCUUCUCCUACUCCAGAGAGGAAACCUCAUCCAGAGUCAUGAUACCACUUUCCCGUCACCUGUAUGCCGCUUGGUUAAGCUAAUGCUGUGAGAGCACUGGUCCCUUGUGGAGGAAUCAAGCUGACUCUUGGCAUGAGGGGUUGAGAGGGACACUGCUAUGGCUUCUCUGGAUGACCCUGGGGAAGUCAGGGAGGGCUUCCUUUGCCCUUUGUGCCUGAAGGACCUGCAGUCUUUCUGUCAGCUUCAGUCACAUUAUGAGGAAGAGCACUCUGGGGAAGACCGUGAUGUCAAAGGGCAAAUUAAAAGUCUUGUCCAGAAGGCUAAGAAAGCCAAGAACAGGCUGUUGAGACGAGAAGGAGAUGACCGAGCAGAAUCGGGGACACAGGGCUAUGAGUCUUUCAGCUAUGGAGGGGUUGACCCUUACAUGUGGGAACCCCAGGAACUUGGUGCUGUGAGAAGCCAUCUUUCCGACUUCAAAAAACACCGAGCUGCCAGAAUUGACCACUAUGUUGUUGAAGUCAAUAAAUUAAUAAUCAGGUUAGAGAAGCUCACUGCAUUCGACAGAACGAAUACCGAGUCUGCUAAGAUACGAGCAAUAGAAAAGUCAGUGGUGCCUUGGGUCAACGACCAGGAUGUUCCUUUCUGUCCAGACUGUGGGAAUAAGUUCAGCAUCCGUAACCGCCGCCACCACUGCCGGCUCUGCGGGUCUAUUAUGUGCAAGAAGUGUAUGGAACUCAUCAGUCUCCCUUUUGCAAAUAAGCUUACCAGUGCCAGCAAGGAUUCCCUGAGCACCCACACCAGCCCCAGCCAGUCACCCAACAGUGUCCAUGGCUCCCGCCGGGGCAGUAUCAGCAGCGUGAGCAGUGUGAGCUCUGUCCUGGAUGAAAAGGAUGACGACCGGAUCCGCUGCUGUACACACUGCAAGGACACACUACUGAAGAGAGAGCAGCAGAUUGAUGAGAAGGAGCACACCCCCGACAUUGUAAAGCUGUAUGAGAAAUUACGACUUUGCAUGGAGAAAGUUGACCAAAAAGCUCCUGAAUACAUCAGGAUGGCAGCAUCAUUAAAUGCUGGGGAGACCACCUACAGUCUGGAACAUGCCGGUGACCUUCGAAUAGAAGUGCAGAAAGUGUAUGAGCUCAUAGAUGCUUUAAGUAAGAAGAUCUUAACCUUGGGCUUGAACCAGGACCCUCCACCACAUCCAAACACUUUGCGGCUGCAGAGGACGAUCAGAUACUCAGCUACGCUUUUUGUGCAGGAAAAGUUGCUUGGUUUGAUGUCACUGCCAACCAGAGAACAGUUUGAGGAACUGAAAAAGAAAAGGAAGCAGGAAAUGGAGAGGAAGAGGAUCCUGGAGAGACAGGCUGCCCUGGAAUCCCAGCGAAGGCUUAAGGAACGGCGGAGUGACCUGGCGCCUCGUACGGCUAAUGGGGAGGUGGCGUCCCUUCGAGGGGGGCCUGCCCCCCUGAGAAAGGCUGAGGGCUGGCUCCCGCUGUCUGGAGGUCAGGGGCAGAGUGAAGACUCAGACCCCCUCCUCCAGCAGAUCCACAACAUCACAUCAUUCAUCAGUCAGGCCAGGGCCGCUGGGCGGGCGGACGAGGUGCGCACGCUGCAGGAGAAUCUGCAGCAGCUGCAGGACGAGUACGACCAGCAGCAGACAGAGAAGGCCAUCGAGCUGUCCCGGAGGCAGGCCGAGGAGGAGGACCUGCAGCGCGAACAGCUGCAGAUGCUGCGUGAGCGGGAGUGGGAACGAGAGCGGGAGCAGUUCCAGGCCGCAUCCCUACACACACGGACUCGGUCCCUGGACUUCCGAGAAAUCCGGCCUUUCCAGCUGGAGCCUGGCAGGGAGCCUCGCACCCACCUUGCUUAUGCUUUGGAUCUAGGCUCUUCCCCAGUUCAGAGCAGUGCAGCUCAGAAGACUCCUUCGCCCGUCUCAGCUCUCGAGCCGGUCAGAGUGUGGUCUGGGCCCCCAGCCCUUGGCCAGGAACCCCUCCCCCAGAGCACCGUGUCACAGCAGAGUGAGCUGGCCUCUCUAAACCCCUUCGAGGAGGAAGACCCCUCCAGCCCCACAGCAGACGACACUACCAGCCCUCUGGCUGCAGAGCCUGCCUCUGGCCCUUCAGCCUGUGUCCUCAAAGAAUACAAUCCUUUUGAGGAAGAAGAGGAGGAGGCCGUAGCAGGGAAUCCCUUCACUAACCCAGACAGUCCAGCGCCCAACCCCUUCGAUGAGGAAGAUGAGUAUCCCUGCCCGAGGCCCUCAAGCCCUCCUGUUCCUGGCAACCCGUUUGAGGAAGCCACCUGUACCAACCCCUUUGAGAUGGACAGUGACAGUGGGCCAGAGGGCGAGGAGCCCAUAGAAGAGGAGCUCCUUCUCCAGCAGAUUGAUAACAUCAAGGCGUACAUUUUUGAUGCCAAGCAGUGUGGCCGCCUGGAUGAGGUGGAGUUGCUGACAGAGAACCUGAGGGAGCUGAAGCGCACCCUGGCUAAACAGAAGGGGGGCACUGACUGACCCCACUGACCAUGGGCUGGGCAUCUUUGGGCCCAGGGCCUGGCAGGAGCCUGUGGAGCAGGGCAGGGCUGGUGGGCUCGGCGGGCAAGAGGGAAGGGGGAAGGGUAACAUCUAAGGUGUGCACACAGGUUAGGGCAGGGAAUCUGCUGUUUCGUGCUGUGCACUUGGAGGUUUUUCCACUACUGUUGAAUAUUAGUAAAGUGGGAACCAGAACAGGAAGAAGAAGCAUUCAUUUGCUGUAUUUCCUGGGUUGGUUUUUUGUUACUUGUUUUUUGAAUUGGGUUUUCCCUUUAGAAGGGAUUUUAAAUUUUCAUUACCGACUAUAACUAAAUGCAGUUCUGCUGGGCAGUCUUCGUGAGUCCAUGUGCUCCUGCCUAGUCUUUGGUCCUUAUGCAGUAUUAUAGGGAAGCCUUAAAUAGGGCACUUUGUUCAGCCAAGACAGACAAGGUGGAUUCAUUUAAACCUUUCUUUGGUCAGACGGAAGUCUGUCCCUAUUAGGCUUCUUUCACCUGGGGCUUCCUCUGCCCUGCUGGGCACAUCCCAACCCAUGCAGUAGAAGGGGAGAGGUGCUGCAUGAAGGCAAUAGUUUAGACCCAGGAGAGCCCAGCACCUCUUUUUAAGAGGCGGUGGCAGGGGGUGAUGUCUCACCAGGGUGUUUCCAUUCAAUUUAAGUCCUUGGUUGUCUGUUUCAGGAAGUUAAACUUCCAGUCCCGGCUAUCACUGGGUCUGACCGUGGGCUGUUCAGAAGAUGGGAGUGGUUAAAUUUUUGGUUGAUGGAGGCAGUAGUCUUUGGGAGAAGAGUGUCUACCCAAAUGUUACUCUGUUGGAACUGAAUAACUGAUGGUAUAAUUGUCCCAGAGAAACCUCCCUCUAGAGCUUUGGUGAAAUUAUUCUGGCCUGGGCUUUUUCAGAAGGCCCAGUCUGUAAUUUAGGAUUGUAAUCAGGAAGCUUUUGUGGGACAUUGCCAGGACAGUGGAAACUUCCUUGAGUCAGAAGAUAAAAUAAUUUUCAGGGCAAGUUGAUCAGCCUUCUUCCUUUUUGGGUCAUCCUGUCCUGAUCUGGGCACCAGGGAGGUAUUUUCCUACCAAUGUUUAGUAUUAAGAAGUGGAAAUGUUUGAAGAGGCACAAGCCAGGAUCAUUCUGGUAGCACCAUACUACUUGAAUUCUUCAUCAAGUAAGGGCAAAAAGGGAAAUUGUUACUUUAGCUCUGGUGCUUUGGUUUACAGGAAUGUAAUCCUUACCUGACGUCUGACAUCAUGACACCCAAGUGUGCUCAGCUCUAGGUAGAGUUCCUGCAAUUAGGCUUGUUGAUUAAUGAACAAUAACUGACCACUAGUCACUUUAUAUCCCUUAACUAACCCUGGGUCAUACUCUCACUGGUUACAGGUGUGAGAGCUGAGAUUCCUUUUGUUACCUUCUGGGAAGACCCCUGCUGGUCUUGAGAAUGUUUGAAAAACAUUGUGGUUUAAAGGUGAUCUGUAUUUGUGUUGACACUAGUCGCAUUUCUUUAGCAUCUGUUGGAUUUUUGGGCUGAGUGAAAAGAUCCUGUAUAGGGGUGUGGGAAUGGGAAGUGGGUGGAGGGUGUGUGGAGGAGACUGUUCUGUUUGCAAACAAAGGAAUAUGAGUGGAUUGCUAAUGUCAACCAGUUACCAGCCUUGCUGAUUGUGGUGGGGGUUGGGAAGUUGGCAACCAGGUCUGUAAGAUGUUGCCUGGUACAGGCACCUUUCUUCCUUCUCAUGCCCUUCCGCUGUUAUUAUGGAGGGUUUCACAGAUGGUUGGCAUGCUCCCUGCUGCUCAGUCUGUCAUUGCUCUCUGAUUGAAGAGGAGGAUACUCUCUGCACCAAAAAGCAGGUAGUUCCAGAAGCUAAAUGCUGCUUUCCGUCAUCAUUACUUUUCUUAUGAAAAUAUAUCUCAUAAUUAGCUGGUGAUUUCAAUUCAGACUAGUUUACUGAACAUACCCUUUUCCUGAAGUCAACCCAGGUAGCAAUCUGUAAGUAACUAAGAGCAUUAAGAACCACACAUUUAAAAAGUUAAACUUAAAAACAAAACAAAACACUGAAUAUACUAAACCAAACUAAAACCUUCUGAUGUGAUUGAAUUCUUCCAUGGGUAUAUUCUUCCAUUUAAUUCUUCUAUGGCUAUAUUCUAUAUAAUCAUAGACCUGACAGGAAUUAGAAUUCUGUAUCCCUCACGUUUCCCAGAAUUCACACAGGCACAAAGUUGGCUUUAUAGAGAUGAGUUAUCAUCAGGGUAAAGAUGGCCUAUGGAUUGCAACCACAGCUUCAAGUUCUUACCUCAUGUGAAUAUUUUACUCUUCCCGCAGUCUUUCAAGGCAAACCACUCCAUCUCAUGAGAAGAUGAGCAAGUUCUUUUUUUUUUUUUUUUCUUAAUUAUUCUUUUUAGUAAUCUCUACAUCCAACACGGGGCUUGAACUCUUGACCCCGAGAUCAAGAGUCCCAAGCUCCUCCGACUAAGCCAGCCAAGCACCCCAAAAGUGAGCAAGUUCUUGAUGCGGUGUUGGCAGAUCUCCUUAGACAAAGAUCAUGUAUGGAAGAGACUUUGGGGAUUCAGAUAUCACAUGAAGUUGGCCUUUGUUUUUACACCUUGUUUGUAUUUUUCCAUGUCUAAUACACUACGGACAUUUACUAAUAGUACUUGCAGCUCAAUGUGUCUUUGCUGUUCAGAUACUAAAGUGUACUUCUGAGUCAUCAUGAGCCAGGUGGUAGGUUGGACAUUGGCAUAAUUAGAUGAUGGUACUCAAAGGGAGAAGCCUUUACCAGGUCACAGAAUGUGGUAGCAGAUUGUACGGGUCAUUUGAUGGUGACAGCUUGAGGGUCAUUGGUUUGCAUGCACUACUCUGGGGCCUUGUAUUGGAAUCUUUUUUUAAAAAAUAAAAUAACAGAUGUUA